AUGGCAUUUCCUCAGGCAUCCGCUUCGUCUCCGUCACUCCAGCGGCCCAGUGUGGCGGCGCCGCCUGCUUACACCCCGCAGCAGUCGGUUUCGGCUCUCGUCGCCGCAUCUCAGAACCGUUUGACGGUGCUGGCUGCCAACCACGCCCGCCUCAGGGCUGUCGUGGACCGUCUCGACUUGCUCCUCCGCGGCGGCAUCUCGUCUGGUCCGUCUGAUCUCUUCCACCUCAUCUUCGCCCUCGCCAGAGGUAUUGACUAUGCACUCUCAGUCAAUGAUAUUCCUGGAAUUGCCAAUCGUCUUCCUUCAUUAAUAAUACAGGUCUAUCAACGUCGGAAUGAUCCUCAACUCCGACCAGCUAUUAUGGUGCUAAUGAUAUCUGCCAAGAAUGCUUGUAAAAAUAGAUGGUUUCUGUCUCCAGAUGUUAAUGAACUACUCAGCAUGGCAAAUGAGCUAUGUAGCAGCUUUUGUAUGUCAGUGAGUGAUACAAUUGUGGGCAAUGCUCAAGAUACUAUUUCUAAGAUUAUGCCCAGGUUUUAUCCCCAGUUGCAAUUUUGUCGUUUAGUUGUUUCUUUUGAAGCAAAGCCUGGUUAUGAUAUUCUAAUGGCUGAUUUCCAUAUACCAAGGAACACACGUUUAGAUGAGAGGAUUUGUCUGCUUGUUGCUCAAAUGGAUAAUUUAGAGACAUCAUCAUGUAUCAUAAGCCCACAACAUGUGAGCUUUUUGGUAAAUGGGAAGGGUGUUGAAAGAAGGACAAAUGUUUCAAUGGAGACAGGACCUCAAUUUCCAACUGAUAUUACUAAAAUGCUUAAAUAUGGCACAAAUAUUAUACAGGCUAUUGGAUAUUUCAGUGGUAAUUACAUGAUUGCCAUAGCCUUUAUGAGUAAGGUAACUACUCCCUGUGCCACUAGAAUGGACGAUUAUGUUCAUCCGGUGAUUGAAAAACUUGCUUCAGAUUCUGACAUAAUUGAGGGGGCAUCAAGAAUAACACUCAAUUGCCCAAUAAGUUUCAAGCGUAUCAAAACUCCUGUUAAAGGACAUCUCUGCAAACAUCAUCAGUGUUUCGAUUAUGACAGUUUCAUGGAAAUGAAUUCCUGUAAGCCAUCCUGGCGCUGCCCAUCUUGUAGCACACCAACUAGCUGUAUUGACCUACGUAUUGAUCAAAAGAUGACCAAGAUACUACAAGAGGUAGGAGAGAAUGUAGCUGAUAUAGUUAUUUUUGCUGAUGGCUCAUGGAAUUCAUUUGUUGAGCAUAAUGAAAGUAUAAAUCAAGUGCAUGAAGGGAGAUCUCAACGGCAAGAAAAUAGUAAUACUGAGAACCAGAAUAAUUUAGCUGAUGUUGUAGAUCUGACUAUAGCAAAGAGUCCAGAAGUUGGACCUUUCCAAAAUUCUGCAUACACUGCUGAAAAUUAUGGCUGUGAGAUAGAAGACAGGAAACCGUUCAGGGACGAUGAAGGUCUUCCUAUCCCUCUGCAUGCAUCUGGAGCAUCAGUUAUUAAUACUUCUCUGUGCACUCAAGCACCUGCUUACUAUACAAAAAGUGGAAUUUGGCCAAGGAAUAUGUCUUCAGUUUCUAGCUCUGUAUCAGGCAGAAUGGUUGGUGCAAAUGCUAAUGCACUGGGAACCUUGGAGUCAAUUUUGCCUAAUGUUUUGCUGAAUCCUAUUCAUACUGAUGCUGUUUCUCCAGUACUUAAUCGGGAUCCUGCAGGAUUUGAACUUUCACAACCUACAUUGAAUUUUCAGCAAGUACCACAAGUGACACAGCUUGCUGAAAAUGUACAAUUGGAACCGUUGCAUGAGGGAAGUUCAAUUAACAACAAUGAAGCAGGGAGGCCUAUACCUAGACAAGUUAUUAAAACUCCAAGAGCGGUUCAGGCACUUCCUGCACAGACACAGAUACCCAGUUCAUCACGAACGGCACAGACAGCUGUCGCAGGUGCACUCAAUUCAGUUAGUGGUGAGAUGCAAAUCAAUGAACUCUCAAGGACUUCCAGCAUCGCAGCAGCAUCAUUGCAUUCCAUGACUCAGGAACACCACAGUAACUCGGCAUUGCAGCAGGUUGUUGGCCUUUCAGCACCUAAUAUGAUCAGCACUCGAACACCUCAAGGCCAGCCGAGAGGCGUAGAUGCUUAUAAAGCAAUAGUCCAGUUUCUAUUAGAACACCCACCUCAGCUACCAUACCAAAGAAGACAUCAUCUCGCAAAUCCAUCAGGUUCUUCACAGCCUUCUUAUAUUUCUUCAAGCCAGGCCCAGCAAGUAUCACAUAAUGCUGCGUACGCAACGGAAAUAGGUGCAGGAACAACUCAUAGUACACCAUUGGCUCCCCAACAUGCGGCGCAGAGAGCAACACCACAAACAGGAGCAACAAGUAUUCCCUUCACGACCGGAGUCGCAUCUGUUGUUCCCACACUCACUGAUGCAGGUCGGGCACCACCUUCAUUAGGAUCUGAUGGGUUGCCUGCGCUUCCCUAUGAGCACAACUGGCGGCCAACAGGACGCAUGAGAGGGAGUCUUACUGGUUAUGCUUACACGUCUGCCCUUAACCAGUACUUGGCUACUCCGCAGUCAGCACAAACUCAACCACCACCUUUCUCAGCCGGUGUUUCGGCUGACCAGCUUCCAGCGUUAACUGCCAACACACUGAGUGUUCAAGCAUCCAUGACCCAGCAAAGCACUACGGGACAUAUUGACGGCAACCAAUUGACAAGUUCGUAUGGCAUUUUUGAUAUCUAUGAACAGAUGAAUCACUAGCAGGAUGCAAUGCAAGGAGAAGGGGACUGACAUCUGAUCUUAAAUAGCCUUAGAAGUGAUCCAAACAAGGGUGACCGACAUUGAUGGCCAGUAGGCUUUCUUAAC